AGCUUGGCAUUCCAUUUAUUCUAAGCGUACAGUUGCUCUAGAAUGAGAUCAGAUUGUACUUGAAUGUCUGUUUUUGUAGAGCAGAAAAGCAUUUUGAUGUAUUUAGGUAUCCCAGUGAGGGACAAAUUUUAGGAGGAUUCAAUGUAUGUUUGUUAUAACAUCUACAGGGCCGACCAAACAGUGUAAAAUUCUUCGGAAGGCUACCCUUGAAUCAAUCCAUGGAAUCCACCAUUCUCAUGACAUCAUUCGUGGCUUUUGUGCUGUUUUUUGUCAUCAGACACAUCUGGAGAUCGAAUCCCAUUGGACGUAGGCACAACACACAAAGACUUCCCCCUGGGAGAAUGGGAUGGCCGCUCCUAGGAGAAACAUCGUCGUACCUAAAACCCCACUUGGCUACUACGCCUGGAAGAUUCAUGGAACAACAUAUUUCUAGGUAUGGGAAGAUAUUCAAAACCCAUUUGUUUGGGCACCCAACUGUGGUCUCAGCAGACCCGGAGCUUAACAACUUCAUUCUUCAAAAUGAAGGGCGACUGUUUGAAUGCAAUUAUCCCUCUAGUAUGGCAGGCAUUUUAGGCCAAUGGUCCAUGCUUUUUGUGGUUGGAGACAUGCAUAAACAUAUGCGAAGCAUUGCCUUGAAGUUUAUGAGCAAUACCAAGCUUAGAAGCCACAUUUUGCAGGAGAUACAUUCUCAUGCUCUUUACACUCUCAAGUCGUGGAGGGACAAACAGCUUGUCAGUGCACAGGCCGAGGCCAAAAAGUACACUUUCAAUCUGAUGGCCAGGCAAAUCAUGAGUUGUAAUCCGUGGGAGCCGCAGACAGAGUAUCUAAUGAGAGAAUAUUUUUCUUUCAUGAAAGGUGUGGUAUCUGCACCUCUGAAUCUUCCUGGGACUACCUACAGGAGAGCACUCAAGUCAAGAGCAACUAUACUUGAAAUCCUGAGGAAGAAAAUGGAGGAGAGAAGUGAAUCGGACAUCAACCAUGAGGACCUGCUAAGUACAGUAAUGGAGGAGGGCAGUCUCUCGACAGAACAAAUCUUGGAUCUCAUUCUUAACUUGCUCUUUGCAGGCCAUGAAACUUCUUCAAUAGCCUUGACUCUUGCCAUUUACUUCUUGGCGGGAUCCCCUGAGUCUAUGAAACGGCUUAGGUCGGAACAUUUGGGUAUUGUGAGAGUAAAAGAGCGGCCAGAGAUGGAUUCAUGCCCGAACUGGGAGGAUUACAAACGAAUGCAGUUUACGCAAUGUGUCAUUAACGAGACCCUCCGGCUGGGAAACGUGGUCCGUUUUGUCCACCGGAAAGCCCUGCAGAACGUGCAAUUUAAAGGCUUCGAAAUACCUGCGGGAUGGAAAGUUCUUCCUGUUUUUGAUGCUGUGCACUUAGAUUCGACUGUUUACGAGAAUCCAAUGGAGUUUUAUCCCUGGAGAUGGCAGAAUGUGGAAAGUGGUACAUAUUUCACGCCUUUUGGAGGAGGCCCAAGAUUGUGCACGGGAGUCGAACUUGCAAAAGUAGAGAUUGCUGUUUUUCUUCAUCACCUCGUCCUCCAUUAUGGGUGGGAAUUGGUUGAAUCAGACGUUCCACUUGUUUUUCCAUUCGUGGAGUUUGAAAAGGGGCUUCAAAUUAGACUGCACCUGCUUGAUGAUAAUAAUUAAUUAUCUCGUAUCAUAUCAUCACAGCCCCACCAGUUUCAGAAAAGGCAUAAUAAUAUCUAAAAAAGUACUGGCCACAACUAUCUACCCAAAAAUGCGCUACGGGGGGAGUUUCCAGGUUCUGCACAUGGUUCUCUAUGUGCACGCGCUUUCAUUAACACCAUUGCAGCAAGAUGUUCCUUUUUUCUGUGUUUGAAGGUACUUUUUCUGAUAGAAGACAAAGUAGAAUUGUCAGAAAUCCGCAUCACAUUAAAAUAAAAGUAAUUCACCGCUCUGGUUGUGAAUUACAGUCUACCCAGUACUUAAAACAUACAAGUCCCAGUCUUGAAAAUGGCAUCCUCAGUCAUUAUAAACUACAGUUUUAAUGGGGGACUGAAUUUUCAGCAGAGUAAAGAUGGGACGGACCACUGGCCUUUCAGACACCCGAUCUGUGCAACUCAACAAAAGAAUUGAAUAAAAUAUGUAUUGUACCUGUACGAUCAGGAUUGUAAAGUUCCUCGAGAACAUCACACAUUUGUUUUCUUUUGCCUUUUUAACUUGUUUCAUUGUGGAUGCUUAUUAAUACAAUAUCAACGUUGUUUUCCAAUC